AGAGAGAUGUACCAGUAAACCCUUCCUGCGAUGCAGCAGCACACGUGGGGCGGCAGCAACCUGCCUUUUCUGGCGGUCGGUCGAGUGAAGGACAGCGUCACCUUGGCGUAUUACAUCGACCCAGAGAAUGUGGAGCAGCAGGAGCAAACUCAGGAAGUUUUCCAGAAGCUGCUGAAGGCCUCCUCUCAGAAGUUGGCGGCUGGGCAAAGGACACGGCUGCAGUGGAACAACGGCAGCGUUUGCUGCUUGAUGGACGAGCAGGCGCGGCUGCUGUACUGUGUGGUCACGUCGUUGCUCACAUAUCCUGAACGACAAGCUUAUCAACUUCUGUACGACUUCCGUGCGCUGGUGGAGCGGGACGGGGUGGGCUUGGACGAGGCGGAGAAGCACGCGCUGAACGACAAGCUGCGGGAGCCGAUGCGGGAUUUGGUGAAGAAGUAUGAGGCCUUGCAGGAUCCCAAAGUGUCCUCUGCCACCAUCACCCCACCGGACACGUCCUCGGUGCCGCUCCAUCACCAGGACGCCCGGGAGAUGCGCCAGGCCGACGGCAAGAAGUGGCUAUUGCUGUUCGUGGCGGUGGUCGUGAUCGCGUUCAUACUGUGGCUUCUGGGAAGGUCGAGCGGCGAUGGCAAAACAGCGCUGAUAAUGUGAGGAUCGGUCAAAAUCAGGCAACUUUGUGGGACUCA